GCUUUUCUAUCAUCAUGUGGAAUCUCAUCCCAUCUACGUGAUUGUUAAUUUAUCUCACCUCACACACAAAGAUGGCGAGUGAACUUAAAAAAUGACACCCUCUGAGACACACAAGAUGAUUUCUUCAUUGUCUUUACCUUCAGUAUAUUCAAUUUCCCGAAAUCACUUGACAAUAGUACCAUGUUAACUUCCACGACAUUCCCCGCAUUCUCGGUAACAUAUGCAACGAUUGGCUGUGAUGUAAGUCCUUGUCCACCAUCUUUAUGUCUGAACGGUCUCAGGCCUCACAAUAUCUGCAGAGAAGAGCAUAUGAUCAGCUAAAUUGUCUUUACGUGACGAAUUCGAGAUCCAACAUACAUUUAUAUCUUUUUAAUUUUCUUUCGUGCAUCACAAAGCCUUGUCAGAUCUCUCGUUUUCCAUUCUGAAUCUCGGUAGCAGGGGUAUUAGUGUGCUCACCUUCCUCCAGGAUGGAUACCAAAAAAGGAUUGAUCUCGUGUAUUCUUUUCAAAGCCUCCUCGCCGAAGCACUUCAGCGUUAAACUGCUGUGGAUUAUGACAUUACCUUUCAUCGGGCUAAUGUUCAUGCAGUGAUUCAGAAGAUUUCCGCGACAUGCAUAUAAACAUCGAAUCCUUCACAAGAAAGAUUGCUCUCUUCCGUCCAGUCCUAGAUUUCAUUCCUAACUAAGCAAAAAAACUGUUUGCAAAGUUGGAAAAUGUUUAAUACUUUAACAUUCCUGGCGCUUGCUGCUUGCUCAUUUGCAGCUCCAACACCGACACCAUCAAUCAACACAACUGUUGAUCUGGGAUAUUCAAAAUAUUUGGGAACUAAUAAUGGUAAUGGCAUCACUCAGUGGCUUGGGCUUCGAUAUGCUGCUGCUCCCUUGGGAGAUUUGCGUUUUCGGGCCCCUCAAAAUCCCGCUGUAAAUGAUACUUUACAAAUAGCAAACAAGCAUGGUGGAGUCUGUCACUCCUCACCUUCGACCUCACUUUCAUCUAAAACAACCGAGGAUUGUCUUUUUGUAGACGUCUAUGCGCCUACCGAUGCAAGCAAACUCCAUCCUGUCUUUGUGUACUUUCAAGGUGGUGGCUUCAAUACCCUUGCUAGCCCAAACUUGAACGCGACUAGCUUAAUUGCAGCUGGUGACCACGAUAUCGUAGUAGUCACGUUCAAUUACCGUGUUGGUCCUUGGGGUUUCUUGACCAGUCAGGAAGUUGUGGCGAAUGGUGAUACAAAUGUUGGGCUUAAAGAUCAACGAUUCCUACUUGAAUGGGUUCAGAGGAACAUUAAACAAUUUGGAGGCGAUAAAUCACACGUAACGAUUGGAGGAGCGAGUGCAGGCGCGGCUUCUGUAGAUCUUCAGCUUUCUGCAUAUGGAGGUCGCGAUGAUGGACUUUUCCAUGCUAGUGCGGCCGAAAGUCAGUCUUUCGGUGCUCAACUCACUAUAGCCGAGUCACAAUACCAGUACGAUGGUUUAGUUCAACGAACUGGUUGUGCUGGGCAAAGUGACACACUAGCUUGUUUGAGGGGAUUGGAUAUUAGCAUUCUUGCCCAAAACAACAUUGAUGUCCCAACACCAGGCGGUGCAGGAGAUAAUCCGGCGUUUAUGUGGUCUAAUGUUAUUGACGGUGAUUUCACUCCUGAUUAUACCUACAAGUUGUUUGCCACAGGGCAAUAUCUUCAACUUCCUGCGAUAUUUGGUGACGACACAAACGAAGGCACAAACUUUACUCCUCAAUCCAUCAAUUCCAGCGUCGAAAUGUCCAACUUUUUGAAAGAUAAUUUCGUCAAACUUACUGAUGAUCAACUAAGUAACAUCCAUAACUACUACCCUCAGGGACCUCAAUAUCCAAACGCUGGUACAUACUGGAGCGCAGCAGCUCUUGCUUAUGGCGAGAUGCGCUACAAUUGUCCCGGAAUCUACAUAUCCGGAUCUCAUGACUUCUUCGCCCCAUCAAUUGGAAACUGGAAUUACCACUGGGACGUUCUAUCGCCUAAAAAUGCUGCCAGUGGGUAUGGUGUUACGCAUACUGCCGAAUCUGGUUCUAUCUGGGGUAGCAGUGGACCUCCAGAUUCUGCUCUCAUACCGUCCAUCCAAGCAUACUGGACCAGCUUCAUUAGGAGCAAAGACCCUAAUACAUAUAAGCUCAAAAGUGCACCUAGAUGGGGACAAUUAAAGACUAGUAAUUAUCAGAGGAUACUUUUCCAAGCCGAGAACGUUACAGGGACAGCCACCCCAAAUGUUACAAUGGAAACUAUACCAGAUGUACAGAUGGCAAGGUGUCAGUACCUGUCUAGUAUUGGUGUGAGCAUCGCACAAUGAACUUAUCAUUGGAAUUACUUGAUUGAAUCAACAUUUGUUGAGUUGCUCCCACUUAUUUCCAUUACAUACUUUUACGGCAAUAGGUAUUGGGAAGUUAGGUGUUAGGGGGAUACUAUUUACAUGGUUUUUUUUGCAUACAAUGGCGUUUCUGAAAUUAUGGAUAUUUGGGAUUUUCUCUGUUGGUACCAAGACAUAGCUUGUUAGCUUUCUGAAUGAUAUUUAUUGAUAUCAUACACUGCUGCCUAUCAUUGAUUAUAAGGCUAUGAUCAAGUAAUUAUUUGCCACGCCAAGUCUAAAUCGAACAAAGAAUCAUAGGAUAUUUCAAGAAUAAGUUCAAUCCAGAUCUCGCAAAUCAUGCCUUUGUCUACCUUCAUUCCAAGAAUCUAUUUCCGCGCAUCAUUAUUGUCGAUAGUCUCUUUGUUAUAAAUAGCCAGAUACCAGUAACCGUUACCAUUGAAUGUUCCAUCCAUUCCGGUAAUUGAGGCGAGAAGCCUGCCUUAAAAAUUACA